AUGAAUUUCGAAUUUUUGCGGACGCUGCACGGCUUCAUCAAUUUCAUCCAAGUCUUGUUCGGAUUCGCUGCUCUUUUUGCGUGCUCUUUCAUCUGGAGGGAUACUAAUCUCUAUUUUCAGUUUGUUUAUAAUGGAUUUGGAUGGCAAACUCUAGUUUUGGCAAUAUUGUUUUUCACUUGGAUUUUUGCUGUAAUGGUAUUCCUGUCAAACCUCUUCGACAAAGAUGUUGUUGGAACUAUUGGAAAAAUGAAGCUGCUCAUCCUCUAUGUCAUCUGCUUGGCGUGUCUAAUCAUUUCAGCCUCUCUUGAGUCUUGGUAUAUAUCCAGGUCGGGCGAAAACGGAAAACAUUAUGACACCGUUUUACAUCCACGUUUUAUUGCUGUGACGAUCUUCAAUUGGCUUCUCGUGGUGUCCUACAUCGUUCUCAUAUUAGUCACAUUCUUUUUCGUCUAA